AUGUUUCCAUUUGGAGAGCUUGGUUGGCAUCAAGGAAUUCCAAAGAAAGGCUUGAAAGCAAGAAACAUAAAACAGACAGGGAAAAAAGAAUCAGCUGAAAUGAUUGCACCAAUAGGUGCUUUAAGUUCUGAUGAACUGCUCUACAAUGAAGAAAUUGCAAUGCAUAGAUUGGAACAGGAUCCAGUUUUUGUUUCGUUGAGGGAAUAUUUCGCGUACAACUCUGAAUCUCUGAUCCUGUAUUUGUGUAGAUUGUUCCAGCAGUAUGUUGUUGAUGCCUAUGUGAAGAUUGAGAAACAAAGACUUGACUUUUUCAGGUCACAACAGGAAGAAAUCAGGAGAGAAUUUUUUAAUGGCAUAAUGGAUGCAGUGGCUACUAGAGAAACGCAAGGGUCAAAUAUUGGCCAACGAAUUAUGUUGCCGCCAGAAAUAAAUGAGCAUUUGAUUCCCACAGAUGAAACACAGAAUCGGCCAGAUUUAAUUUCGAGAGUCUUUCAUGCUAAGUUAGAAAAGUUGAAAGGUGAACUUUUUAAGAAGCACAUUUUUGGUGAGAUUGCUGCUUAUACAUAUGUAAUUGAGUAUCAAAAACGAGAUGAAUAUGACAAGAUAGUUUGUGCCAAGAUACCUGACAAGCAGAAAUUUUUCCAUCUAUGUAAAAUGAUAAUUAAAGAUAUGCUUCAUGGUCCUUGUGGUUCAGCAAAUCCACAGAAUUAUAGACAAAGAGAUAAUGGCAUUAAAGUUAAAGUGUGGAAUGUAUGGUUCGAUAAUCGUUGGGUUGUCCCUUAUAACGCCUAUCUACUUGCAAAAAUUGACUGCCACAUCAAUGUUGAGAGAUGCUCAACAGUAAAGUAUGUGUCAACAAGAUGGAUAUCUCCUCCAAAGGCUACUUGGAGAAUUUACAGGUUUCCAAGUAGCGAGAUAAAGCCAGCUGUUAUCCACUUACAGUUGCAUCUGGAAAAUCAGCAACCGAUAAGCUUCAAGAAGAACACUGACCUACAUAAUGUUCUGAGUAACACUCACCUAAGAAGAACAAUGUUAACUGAAUUCUUUUACAUGAACAGAAUGAAUAAGGAAGUUGAGGAUCUGAAUUACACCUCUGUGGAAUUUCCAGAAAAUUUUGUUUGGAAACCAAGCCAAAGAAUGUGGAAAAUUCGUGAGCAGAGAGAUUCUAUAGGUAGAAUAGUUGCUGCACAUCCUUGUGAAGGUGAAAGAUAUUAUCUGAGACUGUUGUUGACAAAAACUUUCCGUGAAGCAGUGCUGUUGAGGGGAUUACUGGAGCAUGAUGACAACCAGGAACUUUGUUUGCAAGAAGCUUCUCACUUUCAUUGGCCAUAUGAAAUGAGAAAAUUGUUUGCAACACUGCUGGUUUAUUCAUGCCCCAAUGAUCCGCCAGUAUCUAAAGAUUUUCUUAGAUGUAGAAGCUUAACAGCAAGGCAAGUUAGGACAAAGGUACUUGAUCAAAUAAAUGGCUUCUUACAAUCUAUGGGGAAAAACAUUUAUUCAUUCAACUUGUACCCCCAUGAUUUCUCAAUGGAUGAUAUGGAAAGUCUGACAAUAGAGUUAAAUGCAGAAAGAAACAUAAUUGUUGCAGCAGCUGAUUUGGAUGCUUGUCAUAUUGCACUCGCUACCGCAACAUCUAGAAUAGCUGCUUCAAUUCUUCCUGGAGGAAGAAUAGCUCACUCACGAUUCAAAAUUCCAAUAGAUAUAUCUGAUGGAGGAACUUGUCGCAUCAGUAAGCAAAGCUCUCUAGCAACUUUGAUCAGAGAAUCAAAGUUUAUCAUUUGGGAUAAGGCUUCAAUAUGUAAACGAGCAGCUAUUAAAGCAUUGGAUGAUCUGCUUAAAGGCAUCAUGAACUUAAAUGAAAUUUUUGGAGGAAAGAACAGUAUAUUAGAAAAUGCAGCUUUGUCUUUGAACAGAGCAAUAUUGACAACAAAAAAUCACUUUGUUGAUGAAAUCAAUGAUAUGAUGAUAGAAAAGUUUCCAGGAGAAAGCAUUGAAUACAUCAGUUUCAAUCAAACACUUGACCUAAAUCAUCAAGCUGAGUAUGUUGAUUUCCUUAACACAUUAAGUCAAAGUGGUUUUCCUCUUCACAGGCUUGUGCUUAAGCCACAUGCACCAAUAAUUUUGUUACAAAAUCUUGAUCCAACUGAAGGGCUAUGCAAUAAAACAAGACUGACCUGCAAGUCCUUGACUAAAAAUGUCAUUCAUGCAGAAAUAGCAGUUGGUCUCUUUGCUAGCAAAGAAGUCUUCAUACAUAGGAUUCCUUUGCAAUCUACAAAUGGUGAGCAAUACACUGUUCCUUACAAAAGGACUCAGUUUCCUGUUCGUUUAUGUUUUGCUAUGACUAUCAACAAAUCUCAAGGACAAGCACUUGAUUUUGUUGGUCUGUAUUUGAAGGAACCUGUCUUCUCCCACGGACAAUUAUAUGUUGCUUUGUCCUGUGCUAGAACAUCAAAUGCUGACAAGAUGAGCAGGCGUUUGUUUGACAUACUCAAUGUCAAUAAACAAACUGGACCAUGGACUGUCCUUGUUCAGGGAACAAGAGUAUCUGCUGUCCUUUACGUUGCUUGCAUCAGGCAAUUCUACCACAUGCUUUGGCCAUUCAGGAGAUAUCAUAUUCCAAAUGCUUCACUGAUGGAUACUUCUGUCAACUUCAGAAUUGAUGAUUAUCUAUUUUCAUGA